UUUCAGACGAAAUAUUCAUCCAACAUUUGGAGGACCAUGGCAAUCUUGUUCAUGCCCUGCACAGGAUAGCGAGGCUAGGGUGCCGAAGGAAUAUCGGGUGUUGUCUUUGAUUGGGCAUCGACUACCACCGUUCUCCCUGAGAACACUUUCUGAAGACACACUUUUCUAUUUUUUCUAUAAUUUCCCGGGCGAAGAAUACCAAAUUGGUGCCGCAAACGAACUCUAUUACCGGGACUGGAGAUAUCACAAAAGCCUGCAUGUCUGGAUGAUGCGAUCACAGCGUGGAUACGUCAAAGAGCAUGGACCAACCUUUGAAAAAGGCACAUAUCUCGUCUUCGAUCAUACACACUGGCGAAAAGUACAAGUAGAGCUGAUGAUCGAAUAUCGGGAACUUGAGGAUCGACCAGAAUUGCCUCAUUAUCUUCGUUUGCUCCUUACUCAACAGCUGUUCCAACAAUGGGAUCCGUUCUGCUUCGAUCAGAGUAAUCGUUUACGAACUUUUAAAUGGAAGCUUUUUGCUACAUGCCGCAAUAUUUUCUUUUUUUCUCGAAAGAAACUAAUGCUUUAAGA